CGUGCAGCCGGCCGGGCUGAGGGCGCUUCUCUUGCUCUCCUGCGCAGGCCUGACUUCCUCUAGCCUGGCUGUGCCCGGGGCCUCCUGUUGUCGGCGCCGCCGCCGCCGCUAUCCUGCCACCCGGUCGCUUUCCUGCGGCUCCUGCUAUUGCUGCUGCCGCCGCAUCCGCUUCCCUAUCGUUGCCGCUGUCGCAGCCGCUGCCGCCGCCUCUUUCCUGCCGCCGACUUCUCAGAGAGCCCGGCCCACUCUUUCUACCUGCAGCUGCUUUCUACCUGCCGUGGUCUGGAAGGUAGAAGUGGUGGGCUGGGCGUGGGGCUCUCGGUGCAUUCACAGGUAAAAUCGUGUAAAUCCUCGUUAAUCAACAGUGCGGUUCCCAGGCUAGCAGCGGCAUCUACACCUGGGAGUUUGUGAGAAAUGCAGAUUCUCGGGCCUCAUGGAACCCCAGGAUACCACGUGUGGUAAAGGGAGCAGUCGUCCUGUCCAGGCACCUGUGUAUCAUCUUACAUAUUCUUGCCAUCAUAAAGAUUUCGACUGCUCUUACAGGCUGUGUCGACUAAACAUUCAUCUGUGUCCAAAGUGAUGACUGGUGGCCCUGCUCCUGUUCUCAUCUCUCUUACUGAAGUGGCUUUUUGGGUUUUGUAGCAGACAUUGACUUAGAAUUCCAAAAGCUGGAGCAAGGAAAUGAAUUUGGCUUGAGGAAUAGGAAUAUAUUGGAAAACAUGACAGACGUUUUAACUGCCCUCGGUGGAGCUUAGACUCCAGUGGCUUCCCUAUAAAAGUAAAAAUCGUAUGUAUUAAACUAUCUCUUUUUUUCUCUUGUGGUUAAAAGUCUAGAUGUAAUGGAAUGAGGGUUCUUGUCCUCUGUUAUUAGCUGAUCGAAAUAAGACGGAUGCCAUACCACCAGUUGCAAGGGAAACAAAGUGGAAAUUUAUUGUCUGCACAGACAAGGAUCAACACAGGGUCUAGAGACCAUAAGGCCACAUGCUCACUGCCUGAGCAGGUUGGGGAGCUUUUUAUUUCCAGUGGCAUCUGGGGGUUGGAUUUCGUCCCUGGAAAUCUCUGCCCUUAGCCCUCCCAUGUCUGCAUUUGGAGGUCUGGAUGUUGAAUCAUGUCGGUGAUGUUUAGAUCCAAGGACAGAUUGAGAACACAGCUCUUCAGGUCCUGCUUAUGCACCAAAAUCUUGGUUCACAGAUGCGUAGGAUUCUGACACCAAAUUCAAACUGUGGUUAGGGCCACAGUGUGGUCAGGCCAAGCUACCGGUAGAGGCUGUGGUUUGGCGGACUGUGAGGGGUGGUCGGUAACCGUGACGGAGUGGGGGGAUGUCUCGGCAGAGGAGUCAAUGAUACUCUUUAAGUACUUUAAGUGUGAACAUUGGCUGCAGGAGUCAGUUUUGAGGCAAUGAAAGAUUUUUGCUUCAGUAACUCGUUAGAGAGUUUUAUUGUGUAAGUUAUCAAUUUGACAUGAUUAUUUUUCUGCGUAGGACCUCCUUUGAGUUUUACCAUGUAUGUUACCAAUUUGACGUGAUUAUUUUUCUGUGAAUAAAAUCACAACUAUCUAUCUCUAGAGACCCUGGAUAUGAAAACAUUGGCACAGUGUCACAGGAAUUUCCUCCUUUAUGUGCCCUAGUGAUCUGAUUUUCCUGAUGAGCAGCAUAUCAGCCACACUAUUUUUUCUGUCUUUGAAGCAAGGGGAAGAUCUGAAAAGAGGGGACAUAGGACUUAUUUGGAUACAGUGUAUCUGGUAGCAAAGGAAAGCAAGAAUACUUUGAAGGACCAUCCCUACUGGGCAGCAUUACAUUUGAAGAAAUCAACUAAAAAAAGUCUCUUUUCCUUUGAGGUGGCUGAACUUCAACACAUAUCUGAGCUCACUUUUUUGAUUUUUCAUCAAUCCUCUCAUGCUGUCUCUGUUUCUGGGAAAAGACCUUCCCCAUUUCCUCUUUUAAUGUUACCUUUACACACUUGCAUUGUUUGCAGUACCUUUCAGUUUUGCUGUCCUCAUAACACUCUAGUCACUGAUGGGCCCUGGUGGAACAGUGGUUAAAGCUCUUGGCUGCUAACUGAGGGAUUGGUAAUUGGAACCCAUUAGCUGCUCCACAGGAGAAAGAUGUGGGAGUCUGCUUCUGUAAAAAUUACAGGCUUGGAAACCCUAUGGUGCUGUUCUACUCUGUCCUAUAAUAUCGUCAUGAGUUGAAAUCAACUCGAUGGCAAUGGGGUUUGGUUUGGUUUGGUUUUUACUCACCAUCACUUUCAAUCAUCAUGAAAUUAUUUCUUAGUAAAGUUCUUACUCUCCGGACUUUUAUCAAAAUCCUGGAAGAGCCAACUGCCUCAGUCUUUCAUUCCUCACAGGUACCUUGUUCUUCAUAAAAUUUCCUUACUGCCUUGUUUCAUGUUAUGAACUACAAAACCACUUAAAAUUAUUGUGUCAGUUUCUCAACAGGAUAAUAAUGGACAAAAGUUAUCCCUUGAACAUAUAAUAGUGCAAUUCAUGAAGAAUGAUUCCUGCUCGUCCAUGAAAAUAUAUGGUAGAAAGCCUCCAAACAAGUAAAGAAGAUAAAGUAAAGACAUAUAAAGAAGGUAAUCAGUGUGGAAAAACUUUGAGCCAGAUUGCAAAUCUUACAAGGCUCAAAAGAGCUGCUGGAGUAAAUGCUUCCGAAUGUUGUGAGUGUGGAAAAGCCUUCAAGGAUCAUACAUUUAAGCAUCACAUCAGAUCUCACACUGGAUACAAACCUUGUUAUUGUAAGGAAUGUGAAGAAGCCUGCAGUUGGUCGUCUUUCAUAAAACCUCAUUUUAGGACACUUACUGGUGAGAAACUUUGUACAUGUAAGGAUCGUGGGAAACCCUGUAGUUGUUCCUUGUCCCUAACUAAACAUAUAAGAACUCACAGGAGAGAGAGGCCUUAUGAAUGCAAGGAAUGCGGUAAAGCUUUUAGUCAAUCCUCAGACCUCACUACCCAUAUAAGAUCUCACAGUGGAGAGAGGCCUUAUGUAUGUAAGGAAUGUGGCAAAACCUUUAGUUUUUCUUCAAGCCUCACUGUCCAUAUAAGAACACACAGUAGAGAGAGGCCUUAUGAAUGUAAGGAAUGUGGGAAAACCUUUAGACAUUCUUCAAACCUCACUAGACACAUGAGAACUCACAGUGGAGAGAGGCCCUAUGAAUGUAAGGAAUGUGGGAAAGCCUUUAGUCGUUCCUCAUUCCUCUGUAACCAUAUAAAGAUUCACAGUGGAGAGAGGCCUUAUGAAUGUAAGGAAUGUGGGAAAGCAUUUAAGCAGGCCUCAUCCCUCAUUCAGCAUAGAAGAACGCACAGUGGCGAAAGGCCUUAUGAAUGUAAGGAAUGUGGGAAAACCUUUAGUCGGUCCUCACACCUCACUCAACAUGAAAGAACACACAGUGGAGAGAGGCCUUAUGAAUGUAAUGAAUGUGGGAAAGCGUUUGGUUGUCUCCCACACCUCACCAGACAUAUGAGAACUCACAGUGCAGAGAGGCCUUAUGUGUGUAAUGAAUGUGGAAAAUCCUUUCGUCGGUCCUCGACCCUCUGUUAUCAUGUAAGAACUCACAGUGGAGAGAGGCCUUAUGAAUGUAAGGAAUGUGGGAAAGCCUUUACUUGUUUCUCACGCCUCACCGCACAUGUAAGAAUUCACAGUGGAGAGAGACCUUAUAAAUGUAUGCAAUGUGAGAAAGCCUUUAGUUCUUUCUCACAGCUCACUAGGCAUAUGAGAACUCACAAUGGAGAGAGGCCUUAUGAAUGUAAGGAAUGUGGGAAAGCCUUUAGUCAGUCCUCAACCCUCUCUGGCCAUAUAAGAACUCACAGUGGAGAGAGGCCUUAUAAGUGUAAGGAAUGUGGAAAAGCUUUUAGUCACUCCUCAUAUCUCACUAUACAUAAAAGAGCUCACACUGGAGAUAGACCUUAUGUAUGUAAGGAAUGUGAGAAAGCCUUUAGUCGUUCCUCGUCCCUAACUACACAUAUGAGAACUCACAGUAAAGAGAGGCUUUAUGAGUGUAAGCAAUGUGGGAAAGCCUUUAAUCGGUUCUCAAACCUCUCUUACCAUACAAGAACUCACAGUGGUGAGAGGCCUUAUGAAUGUAAGGAAUGUGGAAAAGCCUUUAGUCACUCCUCACAUCUUAUUGUACAUAAAAGAGCUCACACUGGAGAGAGACCUUAUGUAUGUAAGGAAUGUGGGAAAACCUUUAGUCAGUCAUCACACCUCACUGCACAUAUAAGAAUUCACAGCAGAGUAAGGCCUUUUGAUUAAGGGAAUGUGCAAAACCAAAAAAAAAAAAACAAAAAACCUGUUCCCGUUGAGUCCAUUGCAACUCAUAGUGACCCUAUAGGACAGAGAACUGUCCCAUAGAGUUUCCAAGGAGCGCCUGGUGGAUUUGAACUGCUGACCUUUGGUUAGCAGCCAUAGCACUUAACUACUAUGCCACCAGGGUUUCCAAGGGAAUGUGCAAAAGCCUUUGCUAUUCUUUACCGUGAGGAACACAAAAGUCAUGGUGGAGAGAGAGCUUAUGAAUGUAAAGACUGUGAGGAGGUCUUUAGUUCUUUCUCAUGCCUCUCUAAACAUGUAAGAUCUCCCAGUGGAGGAAGGCCUUAUGUAUGAAAGGAAAGAGAGAAGGCUCACCAGAAAGACAAUACAUGUGUAAGUAAUGUUGGAAAGCUUCAGUCGUCCCUCAUCUUUUUGAAAACGUAAAAUACAUUGGAUAGAAACCAAGUAAUGUAAAGAAAGUUUUUGCUUUUCCUCUCAUACUACCUAAGAUUGUGAGAAUUCACACAUAUGAGAAAGCCUUCGCUAAUUCAAAAACCAAAACGAAACCCACUGCCAUCGAGUUGAUUCCGACUCAUAGCAAUCGUAUAGGACAGAGUAGAACUGCCUGAUAAGAGUUUCCAAGGAGCACCUGGGGGAUUCGAACUGCCAGCCUCUUGGUUAGCAGCCAUAGCACUUAACCACUAUGCCACCAGGGUUUCCUUCACUAAUUACUUCUACUAAAUACGUGACAAGUCAGAUUUGAGGCCUGUCAUGUAUAUGUAAGGAACAUGGAAACAUCUGUGAGUCUAUGGAAUUCUUACAAAACAUGUAAUUUAUUACACUGUGGAUUGAUCCUAUGAAUGUAAAAGAUGAGGGAAACCUUUAUUGUCCUUUCUUAGUAACCCCUAUGAGACGUCACACCCAUAGAGAAAUUGUGAUUGAAGCCAAAGUACCCUUUCAAUUGUAGCACAUGGCUUUAAAUAAGUAUCCAAAUGUCAUUUUGCUGUUAUAUUCACAUUUUCUUUAUUGCAAAAUCUCAUCAACAUAUGGAUAUCUUGAAACUUGUUUUCUAUUUAACAGGUAUUUUUAAAACUUUUUGUACUUUUCCACAUUCUAAUGCAGUAUGGUCUCAUAGAAAAUUUAACAGUAAAUCAUGAGGAAAACCCAUAAAUUAUUCAAAUUCUUGCCACAGUUGUUGUUUUGAGUAUUUUCUUUUAGCCUUCUUUGUAUGCAAAGUAGCAUUUUCUGAAAGAUUCUGAUUGUUCCUGUAUGUGUAGUGUUGUACUAAAUAUUUUACAUAACAUGUAUAUUUUUUAUCCCAUUCCUGUUGAGUCAAUUCUGACUGAUAGCAACCCUACAGGACAGAGUACAACUGUCCCACAGGGUUUCCAAGGAACGGCUGGUGGAUUUGAAAUGCCAACCUUUUGGUUAGUAGCAAAGCUCUUAACCACUGCACCACCUGGCCUCCCAUAGGGUCGCUAUGAGUCAGAAUCGAUUCGACAGCAGUGGGUUUUUGGUAUAUUUUUUAAAUUUAAAAAUGAUAAUCUACUUUUGGAAUGUACCGUAGUAUGAGUUUUGACACAUAUCAAUUCAUAUAAUCAGUACAACAAGGAAAGCACAGAAUAGCUCUUACCUCCAAGUAAUCCAUAGUGCUGCCUCUUUUUAGUCCACCUUCUCCUCAAUGUGAAUUCCUGGCAACUGUCCCUAUACUAGUCAUUCAGUAUGUAGCUUUUAGAUUCUGGCUCCUUUCAUUUACCAUCAUGGAUUGGAGAUUUAUGUAUGUUGAUGAAUGUAUUGAUAGUUUGUUCCUUUUUAUUGCUGUAUAGUAUUCCAUUGUAUACACAUCUCACUUUGUGUAUAUACCAGUAGAAGGAUAUUUGUGUUGUUUCCUCUUUUUGUGAAUAAAACAGCUAAAAAUGUUUAUGCACACAUUUUUAUGUGAACAUAAAUUUUAUUAUUUUUUUGUGUGCAUAUAUCCCUAUGAGUGUGUCAUAUGGUAGUUUUAUUUACUUUUAUACAAAACAACCAAUCAGUUUUUCAAAGGGGUUGUGCCAUUUUAUAUUCCACCAAUGAUGUAUAAUUCCAGUUGUUACUGGGAUUUAUAGAGGCUGUUUUGGAAGGAAUUUAGCAAACUUCCGUGUGCUACUGGCUUUAGGGAAUUAAGUUUGGUUGGGCCGCUUACCUGAUAGGCAGCCCCACAUCUGCUGGGGAGAGGGUGUGGGAUGUUUCAUCUAGAUUCAGCCACAAUCAAGUGUAUGAGUUUCCAGGAUAUGCCACCACUGCUCAGACUGAAAGUUGGAGAAAACUUACAAUGUCCAAGUGGUGCACUAUGCAGUAGCUCGGCACUGGAGAACCUACAUGGAAUAAAUUAGGUACAAAAGGGCCCCCACUGGAAGCCUGGGAAGCGAUCUCAGUGGGAUCGGAAAGGGAAGCCCUUCUUCCUGUAAUGUCCUCCAUACACUGGAUAUUGACCAAGGAGAAAAAUAUAAGGCCCAGCUCUAUUAUCAAAGAGUAGGCAAAAGAGAUACUGUAGCAGAAGCAAAAAAUAGAUCAAGACAAUCAUAAAAUGUGGAUUUGUAUUAUGUUCUUUUUCUGUGAGUGACAAACCUUCUAGCAAUGUGAAUAUAAAAUGGUGUUACAUUAGACUUUGUCUAAGUGCACAAGGAAGAGAAUAUCAGCAUCUGCCCAAAGUUGAUUCUUGUGAGGUGGAGGUUAGACAUACCUACACUCUCCAAAUUUUUUACCCGUUCCUGACACCAGCUGUCGCUCUCACAGCACUGUCUGCUGCUUUUCUGGGUUUGAUAAUUUGUUGUAAUGGCCACAUAGAUCUUGCAGACCAUACUAAUGAUUAUGUGGUUUAUUGGGGGGAAGUAACAGGUUACAAUUUGGGAUCAGGAUCAACUUGGAAGUAACAGAAACAACUAAGGAUACAAUUCUUUGAUCAGACAACUUGGCCAUGUCCGCAGGCAGGUCACUGCUGUGGGGCCCCAUUUGGUCCUGGCCUCUGCCUAUUCAGGCAAGGGUUGCAACUCUUUGGCACUGCCAUUAAGUGCCUAGAGGCACCCCACUCCACCAGGAAGCCUCUUGUCCAAAGGUGCUCAACUCUUUCAUUCUGGGUCAGUGAGCCCACUACAGCCAUCUGCUGGUCCCAUGUCACUGCUGUCUUGUGCCACCUCCAGUGUUACAGCUGUCUCUCUGUCUCCUGGGUCUAGGGGUUUCUCAGCACGGUGACCCUGGGUCCAGCAGACAUGCUUCACUCCAGGUUCUUGAUGGUAACGAUGCCACCCCCCCAUAACUUGUGGGUUUGGCUCUUUUUAAGCUUAGUGAGAUGGAAAAACUAACCACUCUCCUUGGUAGGCCAUAGGCACCUUAUUUGCAUAAUCCCACCCAAGUAUUUUUGGGUGUUACAAAACCAUGGCCAGAAAGACCAUAUAAAAAGAAACCCAGUGCCCUGCACCAAGGCUUCUUUCUUGGUUGCCAACCUAUACUUCCUCCCAGUUGUGGGCUUAAAGUGUCUGUUCCUGUGCUUGUCUACUUCUGAUCUCCACUCUAAAUGGUCCCUUGAUACCAAUUGCAAAUGCAAUUCUUCUGUCUCUAAGUACCUGGAGCAAGAUCUGAUCUCAUAAAAGGUACAGUCCUCUAGACAUACAUGUCUGGCCAACACUUCAGACACUAACCACAAGUUUGGGGGCUCCCAGGGCUACCAGUAUUUCCAACUAACUGAAAUUUGAUGGUGCCCUUUACUCAUUGGUUCAAUAAAUUGCUAAAAUGACUCAACUCAGGAAGUGCUGUACUUAAAAUUGGAUUUUAAGCAAAAGGAUACAAAUCAGAAUCAGCAUAAAAAAGAGACACACAUGGCGAGGUUUGAGAGGGUCUCAAAUAGGAAGCUCCCAUAUCUCAUGGUACUUUAUACGCUCCCUCCACCUAUGCAUAGGAGUCUUAUCAAGAACCAGGAAGCUCACCUGACCUUCACUGCCCAGAGUUUUUAUUGUUUUUUAACUAAGGCACAAGUGAUUGAAUCAUUGGUCAUAUGAUUGAAUUCACUCUCCAGCCCCAUCUCCUAUCUGGAGUUCAGGUAGAGGUGCUUAUUGUUAUGUUACAUGAUGGGUCUUUUGUGCCUCACACCUUGAGUCACCUUAGAAUGUGUUACACAAUGUGCCCUGACUACUUCAUGAAAGUCAGAGACAUUCCAACUCUUUGCAUAAAAUAAUUUUUCACCACACAGGGUUGCUUUUCUUUCCCUAUGUUAAGGUGGAAAAUAUGGCUUACCAUGUAACCAGAAAUACCAGGUGAUACAAAAGGUCAUCAUGUUUGGUACAGUAGAGGUUAGGUAAAAGCAAGGUUAACCCUGAAUGAGAUUUAUCGCCCUAAUAGCCACAACAAUGUGCCCAAACAUCCCAAUGAUCAUGAAUAUGUUGCAGGAAAUGUUGAUGUUGUCAAGGAUUUUGCUCAGAUCCACAAUUAACGCCCAUGGAAGUAGUAGUCAAGAAAUAAAACAACAUAUUGGGAAAAUCUGCAAAAGACCUCUUUAAAAUGCUAAAAAGCAAAGAUGUUCCUUUGAGGACUAAGGUGCAUCUAACCCAAGCGAUGGGAUUUUCAAUUGCCUCAUAUGGAUAGGAAAGCUGCACAAUGAAUAACGAAGUCUGAAGAAUUGAUGCCUCUGAAUUAUGGUGCUAGUGAAGAAAACAAUAUGCCAUCAACUGCCAGAAGAAUGAACUAAUCUGUCUCAGAAGAAGUAGAGCAAGAAUGCUUCUUAGAAGGAUGGUGAGAUUUUGUCUCAAGUACUUUCAACAUGUUACUUAGGAAGGACCAAUCUGUGGAGCAGGACAUCAUGUUUUUUUAAAAAUAGGGGUCAUCAAAAGAGAAGAUCCUCAGGAAGAUGGACUGACACAGGAGCUGAAACAAUGGACUCAAACACAGCAAUCAUUGUGAGGAUGGUGCAAGGAAAGAGCAGCGUUUUGUUGUAUAGAGGGUCACUAUGAGUCAGAACAAUCUAUAGCACCUAACAACAACCAGAACAAUACAUGUGAGUACAUAUGACACUGUACUGAAGAGAAAGCGUGUGAGAAUUUGUGUGUGUGUAUGGGUGUAUGUGUUCAGACUAAAAAAAAAAAAGUUCUUAAGACAGUGGAGUUAGAAAAAAAAGAACAAAAGAUCAUGAUUAAAGGUUAAUACUCCAUAUCUUGAAUACUGGAAGGGGCAGUCAUGAGGUAACAUAACAAUAGUUAGAUGAUGAUGGAGAAAUGGCAACUGUUGAAGAUGAUCGGCCUGGUAUUGGACAGGAUGGACCUGGUACUGGAGAGUCUUGGUUUGAUUCUGCUGCUGGAGGGGUGGGGUUUACUACUGGAGUCAAUGUCUUGAAGCAGGCAUCAAGGGAGGUUUGUACAGAGCUUUCCUUUUUCUCUUCAAAUGAUCUUCUAGCAGCUGAGGCCUCAGAAACUAUACGGAAACUAUGGUGAACCUCUCUGUAUAUGGAUCUUGCUCCUCUAUCUUGGGCAUUUCUGCUUCAAUGAGAUGAAAGGCUUCAGCUAACUCUUUCAUCAAAAACUUUUUCAGUUCUAGAGAUUUUAGGUCCUGGCCUUCAAAUGCUAUCAUUUGCUGCUGUAGUUCCAUAAGGUCUUCAUUGGUUAGUUCUUUGGCGUGGGAGUCAAGUCACUCUACAACAUUAUUUUCUCUGUUGUUUAACUGCAGCUAAUUACCAAUAUCAACCACACCUUGCCUGGCUUUGGCGAUGUUGUCAGUUGUUGUUAGGUGCUGUUGAGUAGGUUCUGACUCAGUGAUCCUAUGUACAAUAGAACGAAACACUGUCCAUUCCUGUGCCAUCCUCACAAUCUUUGCUACAUUUGAGCCCAUUGUUGCAGCCACUGUGUCAAUCCAUCUCAUUGAGGGUCUUUCUCUUUUUCAACAACCCUUCACUUUACCAAGCAUGAUGCCCUUCUCCAGCAUGAUGCCCUUCUCCAGGGACUAGUCCCUUCUGAUAACAUGGCCAAAAUACGUGUUACUAAGUCUCAUCAUUCUUGCUUUCAAGGAGCACUUUGGCUAUACUUCUUCCAAGACGGAUUUGUUCGUUCUUCUGGCAGUCCAUAGUAUAUUCAAAAGCAUGGCAAACUGGAGGCAUAAUUUGUUCCACACUCCUUUCAUAUUUGACUGUUUCACUUCAUGUCGAGAACCAGCAAUAUUUCUGAUGGCAUCAUAAACAAAAAAAAAACCAAACCCAGUGCCGUCAAUUCUGACUCAUAGCGACCCUACAGGACAGAGAAGAACUGCCCCAUAGAGUUUCCAAGGGGCGCCUGGCAGGUUUAAACUGCCGACCUCUUGGUUAGCAGCCGUAGCACUUAACCACUAUGCCACCAGGGUUUCCGAUGGCAUCAUAGAUGUAAUAAUUCCUCCAGAACUCCAUUAAGCUCAUCACAUCAUCUCAGAUAGCCCUGACUUCUUGUGAGAUCAUGCACCGUCAUAAUAGGAGGCUAUGACUCCCUGGUCCAUUGGCUGAAAUAUGGAUGAGGUGUUGGGGGUAAAAAUAUGACCUUUAGGUUGGAGUGAAGAUCAUCUAAAAUACUUGAACGUACGAAUGUGUUGUCAAGCACAAGGAGAAUCUUGAAAAGGAAUUUUCUUGGUCAAGAAAUAACGUUCAACAGCAGGGACAAAAUGGUUCAAGAAUCAAUCUUCAAAGAUGGCAAUUUUAACUCAAGCCUUUGAAUUUGUCUAAUGAAUAACAGGAAGACAUGCCUUAAUAAUAGUAAGCUGACCUCGGAUUUAGGGAGCAAUACACAAGCGAAAACAUCAUUAAGGUCAUUAAGGUCGACUCUGAGGAGGCAGCUCUUCCCCAGUCAUCUUUUGAGUGCAUUCCAACCUGGGGGACUCAUCUUCCAGCACUAUAACAGACAAUGUUCCACUGCUAUUAAUAAGGUUUUCACUGGCGAAUGCUUUUCAGAAGUAGACUGUCGGGUCCUUCUUCCUAGUCUGUCUUAGUCUGGAAGCUCAGCUGAAACCUGUCCUCCGUGGGUGACCCUGCUGGUAUCUGAAUACCGGUGGCAUAGCUUCCAGCAUCACAGCAACACGCAAGCCCCCACAGUACAACAAACUGACAGACAUGUGAUGUGCGUCAGGGUUGUAUUCUUUCACCAUACCUAUUCAAUCUGUAUGCUGAGCAAAUAAUACGAGAAGCUGGACUAUAUGAAGAAGAAUGGGGCAUCAGGAUUGGAGGAAGACUUAUUAACAACCUGCGUCACACAGAUGACACAACCUUUCUUGCUGAAAGUGAAGAGGACUUGAAGCACUUACUAAUGAAGAUCAAAGACCACAGCCUUCAGUAUGGAUUGCACCUCAACAUAAAGAAAACAAAAACCCUCACAACCGGAUCAAUGAGCAACAUCAUGAUAAACAGAAAAGACUGAAGUUGUCAAGGAUUUCAUUUUACUUGGAUCCACAAUCAACAGCCAUGGAAGCAGCAGUCAAGAAAUCAAAAGACACAUUGCAUUGGGUAAAUCUGCUGCAAAAGACCUCUUUAAAGUGUUGAAGAGCAAAGAUGUCACCUUGAAGACUAAGGUGUGCCUGCCUGACCCAAGCCAUGGUGUUUUCAAUCACAUCAUAUGCAUGUGAAAGCUGGACAAUGAAUAAGGAAGGCUGAAGAAGAAUUGAUGCUUUUGAAUUGUGUUGGCGAAAAAUAUUAAAUAUAUCAUGGAGUGCCAAAAGAACGAACAAAUCUGUCUUAGAAGAAGUACAACCAGAAUGCUCCUUGGAAGCAAGGAAGGCGAGACUGCGUCUUACAUACUUUUAACAUGUUGUCAGGAGGGAUCAGUCCCUGGAGAAGGCCAUCAUGCUUGGUAGAGUACAGGGUCAGCGGAAAAGAGGAAGACCCUCGACGAGGUGGAUUGCAACAAUGAGCUCAAGCACAACAACAAUUGUGGGGAUGGCUCAGGACUGGGCAGUGUUUCGUUCUGUUAUGCAUGGGGUUGCUAUGAGUCAGAGCCGACUCGAUGGCACCUGACGACGACAACAACAACACACAAGCAAAGACUUGAGCUUGAAAUCCCCAGAUGCGUUACCCUCAAGCAGUAACAUUAGUCUAGCCUUCGAUUCCUUAUGUACUGCUGCAUUUUUUUUCUUCUUUCAAAAUGUAGGUCUUUUCAGACAAUUUUCCCCCAAAAUAAGCCAGUCUUGUCUACAUUAAAUAUUUGAUCUGUGAAAUAGCCUCCCUCCUCAAUAAUUUUUUCAGCAUUUCAGAAAAAUCACAGCACUUACAUCGGCACUUGCUGCUUACCUUGCACUUGAAUGUUACGUAAAUUUGCCCUAACUUUGAAACAACUGAACCAGCUCCUACUUGCAACAAAGUCUUCAUCAAAAUCACCUUCACUUACUGUACAUGGGACUUUUUUUUUUAAACAUUUUUUGUGUUUUAGGUAAAUGUUUAUACAGCAAAGUAGUUUCCCAUUCAACAAUCUGAACACAAAUUGUAUCAAGUUUAUGCUGUCUUCAUAGAGUCAAUUAGGGAGUAUUCCUUCCUUUUCUAUGUUCUGUAGUAGUUUGAGUAGAACUGGCAUCAACUCUUCUCUAAAUGAUUGGUACAACUCUCCAGUGAAGCCAUCUGGGCCAGAUUUUUUUGUCAUUAGGAGUUUUUUCGAUGACAUCUUCAAUUUCUUCUCUUGUUGUAGGUCUCUAGGUUUUGUGCAUUUGUUUUAGUUUAGGUAGGCAGUGUGUUUUUAGAAAUCUGUCCAUUUCUUCUAGGUUUUUUAAUUUGUUAGGGUACAAUUUUUCAUAAUAUUCUGUCAUGAUUUUUUAAUUUUUUUAAAAUCUCAGUUGGUUCUGUUGUAAUGUCUCCCAUAUCAUUUAUUUCAGUUAUUUAUAUCUUCUCAUUUUUUUUUUUCCAUUAUCAUUUUGGCCAGGGAUUUGUCAACUUCAUGGAUCCUCUCAAGAACCAGCUGCUAGUCUUGUUGAUUCUAUUGUUUUUCUGUUUUCUAUAUUUUAUUUAUUCCUGCUCUGAUCUUUACUAUUUCCUUUCUUCUGGAGACUGUGGACUUCUUUUGCUGCUCCUUUUCUAUUUGUUUGAAUUUUAUGUUUAAGCUAUUGAUUUUGGACUUCACUUCUUUUUUGAUGUCUGCAUUUAUUGCUAUAAAUACUCCUCUGAGGACUUCUUGUUAUGUGUCCCAAAGAUUUUGGUAUGUUGUGUUUUCAUUCUCAUUUGGUUCUAAGAAUUUUUUAAAUUUCAUUUUUUUAAGUUCUUCUGUUACCCAAUAGAAGUAAGGUGUUAUCCAGUUGCCAUUUGUCUUGGUUAUCUUACGGUGCUAUAACAGAAAUACCACAAGUGGAGAUUUUAACAACCAGAAAUUUAUUCUCAUAGUCUAGGAGGCUAGAAGUGUGAACUCAGGGCAUCAGCUCCCAGGGAAGGUUUUCUCUGUCAGUUGUGGGAGAAGGUCCUUGUCAUCGAGCUUGCCCUGGUCUAGGAGCUUCUCAGCACAGGGAGCCCUGAGUCCAAAGCACACGCUGUUUCCUGUUUCUGGUGCUUCUCUCUUUGUGGUAUGAGGUCCCUCUCCUCUCUACUUAAUUCUCUAUUUUAUAUCUCAAAAGAGAUUGACUCAAGAUACAACCUAAUCUUGUAGAUUGAAUCCUGCCUCAUUAACAUAACUGCCUCCAAUCCUGCCUCAUUAACAUCACAGAGGUUAGGAUUUACAACACAUAGGAAAAUCACAUCAGAUCACAAAAUGGUAGACAACUACACAAUACUGGGAAUCAUAGCCUAGCCAAGUUGACACACAUUUUGGGGGACACACAAUUCAAUCCCUAACAUUUCUUCCUUUGGCCACUGUCAUGGAUUGAACUGUGUUCCACAAAAAUAUCUGUCGACUUGGUUAGGUCAUUAUAUGACUGUCCAUCAUUUUGUCAUAUGAUGUGAUCUCUCUAUGUGUUGUAAAUCCUAUAUCUGUGAUUUUGAGGAGAUGGAUUAUUGGCAGUUCUACCGAGAGCUACAAGAUUAAAUAGUGUCUUAAGCCAAUCUCUUUUGAGAUAUAAAAGAGCAAAGCAAGCAGAUAGACAUGGGGACCUCACACCACCAAGAAAGAAGCACUGGGAGCACCGUGCGUGUUUGGACCCAGGGUCUCUACACUGAGAAGCUCCUUGACCACAGGAAGAUUGACAAGGACCUUUCUCCAGAGCUGACAGAGAAAGCCUUCCCCUGAUCUGAAGCUGACCUGAAUUUGCACUUUCAGCCUACUAGACUGUGAGAGAAUAAAUUUCUCUUUGUUAAAACCAUUCCCUUGUGGUAUUUCUGUUAUAGCAGCACUAGAUGAUUAAAACAGCCCCCCAAAAUUCAUGUCCUCGACACAUGUAAAACACAUUCACCCCAUCAUAUCAUACCAAAAGUCUUAAAUCAACUCCGAGUCCAAAAUCUCCUGGGGGAAAAUUCCUCUUCACCUGUGAAGUAUAGAAUACAAGUCAUCAGCUUCUAAAGUACAAUGUUGACACAGGCACAGGUAGACAUUUCCAUUACAAAUGGGACAAAUUGGAGGGAAAGAAGAGAUAACAGGCACCCAACAAGUCAGCAGAACACAUUAGCUCACAAGCCUUGAAAAUAAUCCUCUGUUCUCUGACCAUUUAGGCAAUUAGGCCCUGGGUGUUGGCAGGUGUUGGCAAUACUCUCCAGAUUCUCAGUACAGACCCCUCAGGACUAAGCUUCAGCUCUGCCUUCCAGGCCCACUGGAACAGCAGAUCUGCUCCCUCAUACUCCUAGUCCAUCUGAGUGGCUACUCCACCCCCAGGCCUUGGCAGGCCCUGUUCUGCCCCUUGGGCAUGGCCGCCCCACCCCCUCAGCUUUGCGCAGCACAUCUGGACCCAUCCCGCUGGCACUCAUGAAAGACAGCCCCCAUGCUCCAGAACUGAGCU